CCAAAAAGCCACAAGGCCAUGGGUGAUGGGGAGUGGAUGGCCAGGUUGAGAGUCUUUGCCAGCUCUGGCGUUUGGCCUUCUUGAGCAGGCAAUUGACCAGCUCCAAGACAGAGGAAGUGGUAUGACAUUUAUCAGAAGAUUGAGAAAUGCCCCAUGCAUGCCCGCGGACAGACCACCCUCUUUGAAGGGUCCAGGGCCUGCAAUUGAGGAUUUCACACCACUAAGCCUGCCACUUCCACUCAGUCUCCAACUGCACCACCAGAGUCUGAGGCUUCAGACACAGCUCCUGGCGCCACUGGCCCACAGUCUGAGGCUUUUAGACACAGCUCAUGGCGUCAUUGGCCCACAGUCUGAUGCUUCAGACACUGCUCCUGGCACCACUGGUGCAGUCUGAGGCUUCAGUGCCAUGGUCUUUUCUAAGGCCCCCUCUAAAUUUGUCAAUGGAAGUCCUCCACCCAUUCUCCUUCCUUGAUGAAGUCCUCCAGCCCAUCUCCAUCCACUGUGAGGACUCUCAGUCCUGCGACCGUGUCUGAUCAAACAACUGCUGGCGCCUCAGCUUCGUUCCGGUUGCCAGGUGAACUGAGCAAAGCCAUCCCUGUGCAGGACCAGAGAUGGAUUGCCCACACCAUAUUUCACUCUGGCAAGCUGUGGCCAGUUUUACAGCUGUGUUAUGAGCCCCCUGGUCCAGCUCUUAUUUACCACCAGACACCAACACCUGACAGGUUCUUCACCCACCGGUUAAUGGUGUGGAUGCCCUACCACCUGUGGAAGGUGAGGUUCUCCUGCUCAACUUGUGGCAAGAAUCUGACAGGUUAUGGUGUCCACAAGAGGGCUCGAAAGGUCCUGGACAUUGACAGAUACUACCUGAUGUUGACUGAGACACUCAGGUGCACUGUGUGCUCUCUGAACUAUCUGUCAACAAGUCAGACUGUCCGGAACCAGCUUGACCUGCCACACCAGAAAGUGUUCAGACUGAUUCUGACCCGCAAGUAUGCCUGUGACAUCCGUGUCAUUUGGUUGCUCUGGGACAGGACAUUGGGCAACAGUCCGGCUCGACUGAUGAAGCAGCUGAGAGAAAACCAUGGGGAGAAAUGACAAGAGGUUGGCACACUAUCUUGGAAAGUGUGCUGACUUUGUUGAUCGACCCA